AUGGCGCCAUCAAUUCUGCAGAAUGGUGGAUUCAUUUUGGGCUUGAUCGGUGCAGCAGCCCUCAUCGCAGCCACUGCCAUGAACAACUGGAGUGUCAAGGACAGGCAGGGCGAUGUGGUGACAUCUGUUUACACCUACAAGGGUCUGUGGCGAGACUGUGAGACGGCCUCCUCUGGAUUCACUGAGUGUCGCCCGCUCUAUGGCGUCCUGGGCUUUUCAGGUGCCUUCCAGGCUGUGCGAGCCAUGAUGAUAGUGGGUGUGGUGCUGAGCGUGCUCGGAGCAGUGGUAUCAGUUUUCUCCCUGACCUGCCUCAAAAUGAGCGAAAUGGAGGACACCACCAAGGCCAAGAUGAGCCUCACCGCUGGAAUCAUGUUCAUCAUCGCCGGUGUGUGUGGCAUUGCAGGAGCUUCCAUCUACGCCAAUCAGAUCGUGGCCAGUUUCAGGAUGUCCACCUACUCCAACUAUGGUGGAGGAGGAAUGAUGGGCGGAGGGAUGGGGAUGGGUGGAGGAAUGGGAGAAAUGGGAGGAAUGGGAGGAAUGGGAGGAAUGCCCACAUACACAUUUGGCCCUGCACUGUUUAUAGCCUGGAUAGGAGGAGGCGUCCUGCUUGUCGGUGGCGUCCUGAAGUCUCUGGCUUUCAGGGAAAUGGUGAAAGAUGAAAAACAGAGUUACCCUGGGGUUGCUUACAAACCUCAGUCCCGCACCAAAACUGACCUGGACAAUCAGCAUUCAGAGGGCGGCAAGAAGGAGCAGAAUUAUGUGUAA